AUGAACUGCCAACACGUCUCUGCGUCUCGCCUUACCCCACCAAGAGCGAGCCAGGCAGUCCAUAGAGAGGAUUGUACUCAAUGUUUUGACGGAAUUGACGAUCCGGAAGGCCUGAAUGUCUGUCUCAGCUGCUUCAAUGGAGGAUGUGCUGGAGAGAGGAACCACGCGCUCCUUCAUCAUAAGCUGUCACAACACCCUCUCACCUUGAACAUUAGGAGGACUAAAAAGCCUAGAGCUGAGCGAGCUGAACCUCCAAAGAAGAUUUCGAAAUUGGUUAUUGAGGCUGAGAGCGAGAACGAUAAGUAUGAUACCCAUACUGCCGUGAUAUGCUAUAUGUGUGGCGGAAAAGAGGUUGAGCGGACGGUUGGGAAUCUGCCUGAGGUGAUAGAUGGAGUGAUGAAAGCUAUGACAUUUGCCAGACAGACAGAAGUUCAGGCAUGGGAGCAGGAGAUGACGCCUUGCGAGCAUACAUUAUGUCUUCAACAGGAAGUUCCGAGGAAACUCGAAUCUCAAAACCUUGCUACUUGCUCAGCUUGCGAUCUCCAGGAGAACCUCUGGCUCUGUCUCCAGUGCGGGAAUCUCGGAUGUGGUCGUGCUCAAUUUGGUGGUGUAGGCGGGUCAUCUCAUGGGCUCGCUCAUUUCGACGCUACGCAUCAUCCUGUAUCCGUCAAGUUAGGCUCCAUCACGCCGGAAGGCACCGCGGACGUGUACUGCUAUGCGUGUGACGACGAGAAGACGGACACGGAGCUUGCUGCGCACUUGGCCUAUUGGGGCAUAAACAUUGCGGAACGUGAGAAAACGGAAAAGUCCCUUACGGAGAUGCAGAUUGAGCAGAAUAUGAGGUGGGAAUUUUCAAUGACUAGUGAGGAUGGAAAAGAGCUCGAGCCAUUGAUGGGGAAGGGGCUUACUGGGCUAAAGAACUUGGGGAAUUCUUGUUAUUUGGCUAGUAUUUUGCAGUGCCUAUUUGCGCUACCAGUUUUCGAGAAGAGAUACAAUCUUCCGGAUCUACCAGAAUCAUUAGCCCCAGCAGAUGACUUGGAGACGCAGCUUCGGAAGCUUGCCGAUGGUCUUCUUUCUGGGAGAUAUUCUCGCCCAGAUCCCGAUGUAGCUGCUAGCGAGUAUUCUCCUGAGAUUCAGCAUCAAAGGGGACUUGCACCAGCUAUGUUCAAAGCUCUUAUUGGGAAAGGGCAUGAAGAGUUCUCAACUAUGCGUCAGCAAGAUGCUUUUGAGCUUCUUUUGCACCUAUUCAAGCUGAUCAGCCGUUCUCAUCAUCCUGGUGACUUGGAAGAUCCUGUGUCAGAGUUCCGAUUCGCCCUCGAGCAGAGGCUUCAGUGCAUGGGAUGUGGCAAAGUUAGGUAUAGGACUGAUAUCCAGGACAACAUGUCGGUCCCCGUCCCUGCGAAAAGAAUCCCUACUGAAUCAUUGGAUGUCAAAAUGAGAGAGGGGGGCAACGAGAAGGACAAAAAUAAAGACGUUUUCGAGCCAGUCACCAUUAAGGAAUGUCUUGAUAUAUUCACAGCGGUUGAGAUUGUGGGAUUUAAUUGCCCUUCUUGCGGAAAAAAUGCCAAAGCUACCAAACGACAUGCUUUUAAGACUCUCCCAGAGGUUCUCGCAGUGAACGCCAGGCGAUUUGAAUAUAUUAACUGGGUUCCUACGAAACUUGACGUUCCGGUCGCUGUGGGGGACGAGCCAUUUUUGCUAGAUGACUACCUGGCAAAGCCUCAUUCCGCCGAUGAGGAGCUUCUCCCCGAGGACGAAGAGCCUGGGUUCCAAGCAGAUGAAGGUAUUGUAGGCCAACUUGAGGCAAUGGGCUUUCCAAGAAUGCGUGCCGAAAAGGCUCUGUAUCAUACUGGCAACAAGGAUUCAGAGGCAGCAAUGAAUUGGCUCUUUGCCCAUAUGGAUGAUCCGGAUAUCGACGCCCAAAUGUCUUUUGCACCGAAAAAGGACUCAGCGGGUACUGAGCCUGAUGAGGAGAAGGUAUCAAUGUUGGGAGCUAUGGGAUUCACCGCUAGCCAAGCUAAGAAGGCUCUGAAGGAGACUGGAGGCGACGUAGAGAGAGCGGUUGAAUGGCUGUUUUCACACCCUGAUGACAUGGGCGACGACGAAGUAAUGGGAGAGAGCGUCGACCCGUGCGCCCCGAAAAAAGAGCCUGGAAGAGGUGAAAAGCCAGCCCCGUUUGAGCUGCAUAGUAUUGUAUGCCACAAAGGAGGCAGCAUUCAUGCCGGACAUUAUGUUGCGUUUAUUAGAAAAGAUGUCGAAGGAGAGGGCAAGGUCUGGGUUCUCUUCAACGACGAGAAGGUUGUCAAGGCCUCGGAUGUUGGAGAAAUGAAGAAAUUUGCAUAUGUGUACUUCUUCAAGAGAUGCAAUUAAGGGCCCCAACAGCUAAUUCAGUCUAUGUUUUCGGGAUCCUUUGUCGGGUGGGUGUCGUUGGGGGUGAUUUGAUUGUGAAUCCGGGGGGGUGGAGUUUGAGAGGCAAAACUGUUUCUGUAAACCGGAUAAAAUAUAUUAUGUAGCCAACAAAA